UACAAUCUCUUCAGUCCGUACACCUAAUAGACAUCAUCAUCAAUCGAAUCUAUACCUAAGCUCCUACGCAUAUCGUCCUUCAUCUCGAGUCCUAUCAAUCUCUUCACCUACUAGACCAUGACCAAACUGCACAUCGCCGCUCUCGGAAGCUCCUUCGCCGCAGGACCUAGUAUCGAACCCAUUGAAAACAAAGCGGCAGGCCGCUCUACUCGCAAUUACGCUCACCAAUUGGCGGAGGCAUUGGACGCGCAAUUGACGGACCUGAGUGUAUCCGGCGCAACGCUUCUCAAUGUUCUCCACGACAAGCAGACAAUGGGAGGUCAGACAUUCGACGCGCAACUCGACCAUCUUCCAGCAGACGCAGACAUUGUCACGUUAACUUGCGGCGGCAAUGAUCUGAAUUACAUUGGUGGCCUCGUCUACGACUCGCUCUUGUCCUACCUGGGGCCGCUUAAGAAGGUGGUUCCGGGCCAGACCAAAGACCCUCCGAUUCAAUUGGACGAGCUCCGGAACCGCUUUCUCGCCGUGCUCGACAAGAUCCAUGACAUCGCGCCGAAAGCAAAGGUAUACCUCGUGGAGUACCUCACCAUCAUCGGAAAUGACACCCGGCCGUGGCUGGACAUUGCCUUGACGGCGGAGCAGAUGAAGCACUACGCCGACGUGGCGGUAAUGCUAUCCACCGCAUACAACGACGCGACCAAAUCACGGUCUUUUGCUGAAAUCCUACCCGUGGCGAGGAGCAGCAACGAGCACGCGCUGGGAUCUCGAGUGCCGUGGGUGGAAGGCUUCAACCUCUCGAUGCUGAUGCGCGGCGUGGCUCCAUACCACCCCAAUCUUGCCGGACACACUGCUAUCGCGGAAAUGCUGAGAGAGCGCGUAUCACAAAACAAGUGAUGCUGGAUAAUGUCGGGGUGAUAUUGUAGAAUCCUAGAUGUACAUAGAAUAUUCGUCUCAGCCGCUGGCGGUGAUACGUAACUUUG